CGUCAGUUUGUCUACUCCAAGUUAGAAGAAAGCCGCCUGAGUCAUUCUUUUUUCAGUGUGACUAUAGUAUAUUAUUUGUAUGGAUCUAUCUAUUAAACUUUAAAUUACCAAGUUGUGUUCUUAUAACAGAUUAAAAAUAUAAAAAAAUUUUAAUGAGUAUUUUUGCAUAAUUGCUCGCCUCUAAUUGAUUAGUACAUCAUUCCGCCAUUUUCGAGAUAACACACGCAAAGAAACUGUACAUAUGAAUUCAGUUUUUCUACGGGCUUUAUAUAUUUGAUUUAACGGUAUUUAACAAGAUUCAUUUGUUUUAAUUAACUAAUAAAUGGUGCAAAAAAAGCAAAAAAGUAUUUAGUUUACACUGAUUUAUCUGACUUACGUAAAAAAUAUACAAAUUGUAAAAAAAGCUACCAUUCAAAGCGAAUGACUUGAAGUUUCAACACGAUGUCGGAAAAUCGUGAAGUAACUUUAGCUGAUUUUCAGGCAUGCAGUGGUAUUGAUGAUGUAGGCGAAGCAAUUGAACAUCUUGAACGAAAUAAUUGGGAUUUAUUGGCAGCUCUGAAUACGGUUAUGCACCAUGAUACUCAGCAACUACCAUCUGAAACAAAUCCUGAUAUUGAAAUGGUAGAAGUUAUAGAAGGAGCAUCAGUUAUUAAAUAUUCUUCUCAAAGUAUUAAUAACAAAUUAAAAAACUCUCAGCCUUACAGCAGUGACAAUGUUAAACCUGGUACCAGUACUAUUAAAAAUUCACCUACACCAAGAAUUUUAACUUUCUUCAUUAAUUAUUUAGAUCAAAUAUACAAAAUUGACAUCUCUGAGUUAUGCACGAUAAGUGAUUUAAAAGAUACAAUAUCUGAAAGAACAAAUGUAGGUUCAUGUCAACAAAAACUUUACGGUUGGCAUCGAGAACCUAUCAAUAAUUCAGUAAUUUUAAAAUCACUAAAUUUACCACAAGAAAAUAAGUUAAAUUUAUGCAAAAAAAGUGAGCCUGGUGACUCUAGCUCGGAAAGAGUAUGCUUAUCAGAUCGACUCACUCGUACAUAUACUUUAAAUAUUUACGAUGAGACUAAUAACAAAUCAUAUAAAUUACAAUUUUCUGGAACACAUACAGUACUUGAGGUUAAAACAGGUAUUUAUUCAUUAAUAGAUAUUCCUGUGAGAAAUCAAAAAUGGAGUGGUUGGCCAAGUACCGUAAAAGAUGAUAGAACAAUACUUGCCCAAAGUGGUAUUUCAUAUCCAGAACAUGAUUUAUCUGUAUCACAAAUGGUGUGUAAAGAUAAAAAAGAAAAGACUUUUACAGUAGAAAGUGAUAGUUCCGGUAAUGAAAUAGAUGAUACUGAAGACUUUGAAGAUGCUCAAGAAUCAUUUAUAAUUGAAGAUGAUAUAUUUAUUGACCCUGUACGAUCUACAAAGCCUCAACAUUUAAUGCCUGAUAAUGUUGAAGAUGAAACAGUUGGCACUCUUCAUUUUUCGGAACAGUUUGAAAAACGAUAUGGCCCUGUCCAUCCAGAAUUUUUCACUGGUACAUUUGAUGAAGCGGUUCGAGAAUCAUGUUUAAAACCACCUCGGGAGAGAAAACUUUUGGCUGUAUAUUUACAUCAUGAUAAUAGUGUUCUAACGAAUGUAUUUUGUACACAAUUAUUAGGAUGUGAAACAGUUUUACAACUUCUUUCUGCUAAUUUUAUUAUAUGGGGUUGGGAUUUGACUUUUGAAAGUAACAAGCAGAAAUUUUUGUCAUCGGCAGUUCACUCUUUAGGUUUAGUUGGUUCUGAAACCAUCCGAAAUAUUGAUAUUGAUACAUUACCUGUAUUAAUUAUUUUUAUGAGAUCCAAAUCCACAACCGAAAUUUUCACAGUUGUACAUGGAAAUAUCGGAGUUAAUGAACUAUUAACUAAUUUAAUUCAUGCAGUAGAUGUGUUUCAAGAACAAAAACGUGUUGAUAUGGAUGCUGAAGAAGAGCGAAAGGCACGUGAAAGAGUAAAACAAGAACAAGAUCGUGCAUAUCAAGAAAGUUUAGCAGCUGACAGAGCUAAAGAAGAAGCUAAAUUGGUUCAACAAGAAUUAGAACGCCAACAAAAAGAACAAGCAGAAAAUGAUAGAUUGGCCAGGGAAGCUAAAAAAGAAGCUCAUAGACAAGCUAUAGAGUUGAGUUUACCACCGGAACCCGAUACAGAAUCUAGAAGUAAUAUAGUGAAGAUAAAAGUACGAUUACCAGGAAGUAAAUUUUUAGAACGAAGAUUCUAUUCUGACACUCCACUCGAAAUUCUUCUUAAUUUUUUGACGGUUGAGGGUUACCCCACUGAAGAAUACAAAGUUUUGUCUAGCUGGCCUCGUCGCGAUCUCACAUCAAUGGAUACUAAGUUAACACUAACAGAACUAAAAUUUUGUAUUCAAGAAACAGUAAUCGUAGAGGAAAAAUAAGCAUGCUUGGUGGAUAUCGUAAUGUUUGAAAAUAUAAAAAUUUCAUUUCGA